CGAUUUCUUUGAAAGCUUCGGCAGCCAAUGGAAUUUUACAUAUGUCUUCAGUUCGGCGCAGCUUGACUGUUUUCUUUUUACCGGAGUUUCCAGCGCCGCAUAAAGAACGUAAAGCCAAUUUGCCACCGAGAAAACUUGAACGAGUUCCCGUGCGAAAUUCAGUGCUUCCUUCGUCGAGCAGUACGGGGUGCAUCUAGCUUUUCUUCUGAAGUGUCGAAGUGCGCAUGUCAACAGUACGCCAUUUUUGAUCUGUGUUGGGGUCGGAAGGGCGUCUAUCGCGGCGAAUAAACUGGACAAGAAGCCGUCACUUUGGAAAGAAAAACGACACCAAGCAAUUUUCUACUUACUUCCACUUGAAAAAUAUGCUGAGAGAUGUAGAGGUGGCAGGAGUGCCAUGGGUAGGACGGGCUGCGAGCGCCGACCUGUAGGGGGCCCCCCUGGGGGACUGCAGCCCCGGUAGUGGGCACUGCCAGCCCCCCACCCUUCUUCCACCUCCUGCUCGGAGGAAGGACCCAGCAGCAUGCCGUCCUUCUCGCGCCUCGGGAACCUCAAGGACCCCGAGCUCGCCGAGCUGUUCGACAAGGAUGACCCCGACAAGAUCUUUGUGGACCUCCGCGAGAUCGGCCACGGCAGUUUCGGAGCAGUCUAUUAUGCCCGGAACGUCACGACCAAAGAAGUCGUGGCCAUCAAAAAGAUGUCAUUUACAGGAAAACAGUCAACAGAGAAAUGGCAAGACAUUGUCAAAGAAGUGAGGUUCCUGCGCCAGUUAAAGCACAAGAACACAAUAGACUACAAGGGCUGUUAUUUAAAAGAGCACACCGCCUGGCUUGUUAUGGAGUACUGUCUCGGAUCCGCAUCAGAUAUCAUUGAAGUUCACAAAAAGCCUCUUCGGGAGGAGGAGAUCUCUGCAAUAUGCAAGGAUGCCUUGCAAGGUCUGGAGUACCUGCAUUCACUGGGCCGCAUACAUAGAGACGUCAAGGCUGGCAACAUCCUGCUCACUGAAAACGGCACAGUCAAGCUUGCGGACUUUGGCUCGGCGUCCAUGAUCAGCCCGGCCAACUCGUUUGUGGGCACGCCGUACUGGAUGGCGCCCGAGGUUAUCUUGGCCAUGGACGAAGGCCAGUAUGACGGGAAAGUGGACGUCUGGUCCCUGGGGAUCACGUGCAUUGAACUGGGUGAGAGGAAGCCUCCCUAUUUCAACAUGAAUGCCAUGAGUGCCUUGUACCAUAUCGCCCAGAAUGACUCGCCCACACUCACUGGAGGGGAAUGGUCGGACGUCUUCAGGCAUUUUGUAAAUUCCUGCCUGCAGAAGAACCCUGCAGAUAGGCCCACAGCAGUCAACUUAUUACAGCAUCCGUUCAUGACACGGCCGCGCUCUGGCAAGGUAAUAGUAGACCUAAUUCAACGGACAAAGGCAGCAGUUCGGGAACUGGACAACCUCAACUACCGCAAGAUGAAGAAAAUUCUCAUGAUCGACUCGCAAGAGAACAACGAGGCCAAUGCAGUGGAGGCCGAGGAUGACUCGACGGAGGACGAUCAAGUGAGCACGGGUGGCAACGGGGGCGGCAGUGCGGGCAACGGCGGAGGCGAGGGCAGCAAGAGCAGCAGCCUGCGCUCCAACCAGAGCCAGCAGAGCAGCAGCAAUGUGAGCGCGGGCAGCCACAGCAGCAGCACCAGCAGCCUGCCCCCGGCCUCCGAGAUGGACUCGUACCCACCCUCCUCCUUCCGACAUCCGCGGGACAGCAAUUCAUCGUCGACCAGCUUGAAUAGUACAGACGCAGGGGCCACCAACAACUUCGCAACGAUACGGACAACAUCUAUAGUGACACGCCAGAUGAAGGAGCAUGAGCAGGAGAACCAGAUGCACGAACAAAUGUCGGGCUACAAGAGAAUGCGGCGCCAACACCAGAAGGCACUAGAGCAGAUGGAAGCAAAAUGUAUACAAGAAAUGGAUGAUCACAAGCAGAAGCUAGACAAAGAAUAUGAAACUUUGUUACAACAGUUUAGUAAAGAACUAGAAAAAUUACAAAUGAAGCAUCAACAGGAUCUGGAGAAAAAGCUGAAGCACAACCUUGCUGGGGAGAAGCGGCUGACGCGCACCAUAGCACAGCAGCAGGAGGAAGAGACCAAGCGGUUCCAGCAGCAGCAGAAGGUCGAGUACAAGUACCUCAAGGAGAAGAUCAAGAAGGAGCUGAGCGACGACAGCAGUGGUGGCGGUGGGGAUGCCGCCCUGCGGGGCCACAAGGCGCAGCUGCAGCAGCGGCAGGCGGAGGCCCUGGCCCGGCUGCAGCGGCACCAGGCCGACUACCUGCGGCUGGAGGUGCGCAAGUACCGGCGCCGGCGCCUGCUGCAGUACCACCGGCUCGAGCAGGAACUGCUCCGCGAGGAGCUUGCCAAGCGGCAGAGCCAGCUGGAGGAAGCUCACUCCAUGCUCUUGCGGCACCACGAGACCACACAGGAGCUGGAGUACAGGCAGCAGCGGGGCGUCCACCAGCUGCGGGAGGAACAGGUGCGCAAGCAACACCAGACGGAGCUGGCCAACCAGCACGAGUACUGCUCGCGGAGGGAGCGGGAGCUGCACAAGCGGCACGCACAGGCCGUCAAGCAGCAGCCCAAGAGCCUCAAGCACAAGGAGCUGCAGAUCCGCAAGCAGUUCCGCGAGACGUGCAAGAUCCAGACGCGCCAGUACAAGGCGUGGAAGAGCCAGGUGCUGGCCUCGACGCCGAGGGACGACCAGAAGGCGGUCAUCAAGAAGCUCAAGGAGGAGCAGAUCCGCAAGCUGGCCAUCCUGGGCGAACAGUACGAGCAGAGCAUUGCCGAGAUGCUCCAAAAGCAGUCGAUCCGGUUGGACGAAUCUCAGGACACAGAAGUGCGCCAGCUGAAGGAGCAGUUGCAGCAGGAGUUGGAGCUUCUCAUGGCCUUCCAGUCCAAGAUCCGCAUGCAGGCUGAGGCCCAACGCAACCGGGAGCGCCACGAGCUGCAGGAGCGUGUGUCCGUGCGCAGGGCCUUGCUGGAGCAGAAGAUGGAGCUAGAGAAGCAGCAGUUCCAAGAAGAGAAAGCUGAGCGGCAACGACUGCUGUGCGAGCGGCAGUCGCGUGAGAUAGAGGCCUUCGACGAGGAGAGUGCCCACAUGGGCUUCAAUCCGGUUGAGAUAGCGGAGGCCUCGCGGGAGUCCCUAGGUUCGUCGGACGCAGACAGCCUGGCUGGCAGCACCCUCAGCCUAGCCCACAGCAACAGUGCCAGCUCCUUCACCCACACGGCCCUCUGAGGCAACACCUCCCCCCUUCCCCGUUUCCUCCUCUCCUUGUCACGCACUGCGAUGGUCAGUCAUGGUAGUCUGCCACACACAGGCCAGUGUGAAUGUGUAUUGUAUCUGGUCGAUUGUCCAGCCUUGCUGAUGUGUAUGGUACGGGUGUGGUGUGGUGUUGCGUGCACUAGUCCAGCUGUCAUCCUUUGGAUGUACUAACUCCAUGCAGCUGUCACAGGCAUGAGUAUGGUCCAACACCAGGAUUUGCGAUUCUCGAAUGCUAUUUCUGUUAGUGUUCCAUCAUCAGAAAGAGUGGCGCUGCCGCUGCAGUGUCAACAGGAUCGUCAAGUCACGACCGGUGGAGAGAAUGGUGGUAUAGAAUAGAACUGGAGGAAUUGUUGCCCCGUUUGCUCAAUCAUUCAUUUACCUAAAGGAGUUGUAAUCGAGGUACUGCAGUCGGCUAUUUGAGAGACUUUAGGUUUAGGGAUACAGCAUGUGACAAAAAUGCCUGAAGUCAUUCAAACCACAUUGCACUGGCUGUAUGAAAUAUAAAAAAAGAAAAAAAUUCUCUUAGUGCCAAAAUGCUGCACUUGACACCUGGGAAGAGUGGCGAAUGAAGCGAGGUUGUAGCAUUAGCCGCGUGGCAUUGCCGCUCAUGGGGAGACUUGCACUCUCGGGCAUGUUUGUUCGUGCUGUGUAGCGCAGGGCACAGCCUCGUUUGUGUGUGUGUAGGCGACUGAGCACAGCCUCGCUCAAUGUGUUUUGUGGUGUUCACUUGGGAGAAACUCUCCAGAAUUUGUAACACUGCUCGAAUGGGCAUGGCACAUAGUAGCACAUCCUUCAUUCUCCGUCACAUUUUUUUAGAUGCAAUUAGGUGGUAGUCCUGCGUGAUGUUGAUAGUGCGAAAGAAUUCCUCGAUGUUCAAACAUAAGGCUUGUCAUUCCAAAUUUGAAGACUCUCAAUUCGUAGGUGCGAGUAGGACGCGUGUUCCAGGCUGUAUUGUGCAGAUUUAAGGACGUUACUCGGAACAAUACCUUGUUCACAGUGUGUGAUAAUUACUACUAUAAGAGUGGAUGCCAUAAUUAGCUGAGGCAGUUCUUUUGUUGAGACUUACUUUUUUUGCUGCGCAAGAGGCUACGCCGUUGCAUCAGACGACUUACGUUUGCUGUUCAUGGGUGGCUGUUGUGCUUUAUAGUAAUGUAAUGUAUGAAAUUGUGAUUAUUAUUUACACUUCAAAGUAUAUUCAAUAUUUUUGCUGCCUGUUCACUUAUUUUGAGCUGCUGCUGAGAUGGAGUGGAUGCCAGGUUCUGCGUUUCUGCCUUCGUUAUAGGAGUGCAGCACUAAUUGCCCUAAAGCAUUACCGACGAAGCGUUCCCUUCGUUUUCUCCGAUGGUUCGUCAAGGCUCGAUUGCGUUUCGUUUGGUUGAUGUAAUGCUAGCAGUGCUUAGGUUUUUCACAUUUAGCAAACACUGGCAAAUUUACUUUCUGCGUUGUGGUGUAUGAUGUGUUGGGAGGAAGACUGCAGAUUCAUUGCCAUGUGACGUGUCCUUGGGGUGCUGUGCCGAAACGGUCUUUGCAUGGAUUGUUUGGUUGGUACUGUCGCUGGCAAUGAUGCCCAAUUUGAAAUGAAUCUUCCGCUUUCAUUCAGGCCCCCCGAUAGCUAGCUUACCGUAAUUGAAUGAAUUAAUGCAGUAUUCAUUAUCUAAAGCACACUCUCUGACCUCAGUGGGAAGAGGUGAAUGCGAGGCUAAGGGAAGAGGAGGGACACUGUGGAAACCAGUGGCCAUAAAUGAAAAGAACCUGCAUGUACAUGUUACAAACUUGCAGUUGCAGACUUGCAGAUGCAUGUGCAUACGUAGAUGGAAACAGAGUUGCAGAUGCAGACUUAUAUAUUCAAUUCAGGGGUCCACAAAACUGAAAGUGGGGCGAAGUAUGCCUGCAGUGUAUCGAGAGCAAUAGUCCAUAUAUGUUUUAAAGCUCGUUUGCACCUCCACACAGCAUUACGCGAGUUACGUGCAUUGUAGCACACACACACACACACACACACACCCUGCGCGGCAAUUUGUGCUCGUUCAUUAGACCUGACGAGGCAGAAAUUGGAAGUGGAAAUGUUGCCAGCUGUUGGAAUGUUGGCCCUGGCUGUUAGGUGGCAGACUGCCCGGACUGUCCCUUAGGUAUGACUGUGUUGAGUGGUUGCCCCGUCCUUUUCAACAAAACCCUUCUCGUUGUUGGAUCUGGCACCCCGAGGCUGCCGUGGCAUGGUUGGUGGAGUGUUGACCUGACCCUUGGUUGUUUUUUUCCUUCCCCGAUACUUUUUUUUUUCGGUCAGUGCAGCGCGUUCUGCGAGCAGGGCCCGCAGCCGCGCAUCCAACUCAGGAGUGCCAUUGAAGGGUGGUCCGUGUGCAUUUUUUUUGUCUUUUGAAAGCGAGUGUGGCGGGGAGAGAAAAGUGCGAAUACUAUAGGUCGAUUUUCUUCUUUAUGGUGCGUUCCUCUCGUUUUUUUUUUCUUCUGCCCUUUCCUUUUUUUUUUUUUUUGACUUGAAACCCAUUUCUUUGUCGUUUUCUUUUUCUAGGGGCAUGCCAUUUUACGGUGCUAAAACACUUCCCCCCUUUUUUUUUUAAAUGCUGUACCCAGUGCGUUCUGCAUCCUUUACAUAAAUUUCCUGUUAGCGCAACAUUUUUACCUCUCCUCUUUGUUGUAAUGUGCUGCUGUUAGCUGUCUUUAGACAAAUCAAGGCGGGUACCCUUACCCUUUUUGCCCCCUCUUUCCCAUGCUCCCCCCCCCCCUCGUUUUUUUGAACGAGAAAUCACUGUGCUCUGCUUCUUACGCCCACUCGGAGAAGUCUUUAAUCAGUGCAGGUGUUUCAUUUUUUUUUUCAGUUUUUUUUUAACCCACCCUCCUUAAUUUUCUUAGUGCACAGCUGGCGGUAAUGUCCAAUACCAUUAGAGUUCAAUAGAAAAUCGCGAGUACUGCGAAAAAUCCGGUGCGAUGGGCACUGCUGAAGUUGUGACCUUUUCUGGUGCACCGUUUUCGAGGCCGUCUAGACUCGAUUGGCUUGUUGUGCUCAGUUUUGAAGAUCAAAUCGCAGAAGUCUUGCGGAGGGGGAGUUGAAGGGAAAAAAACAGAGAAAGGCAAAUUGUGCGGUGGCAACAUAGUUUUCUAAUCGUGGCCACUUUCGCGAACUUUGCGAACCCUAGUUUUUAGCAAGUAAACGAAUGCACAAAGUGUACAAACAUCUGUACUAAAUGUUACCACUGUUGAAUACGACAACUCGGGUGCUUGUCGGGAAUGGUUUAGGAAAUGCAGCGAAAUCUCCCAUUGUCAGAUGGGAGUUUUUUAUCUCUACGAAGCUCCGUUCCUUGGUCAUUUUGCAUUCCCCGAGACUAAGAUGUCCUCUUUUUAAAGUAGCCUGCACAUGCUAACCCUAAAUUUGAGCGACAGCUUGACCAGCUGUACUGCUCAAGCUACAAGGCUCGUUUAACCAGUAUUGAGGUGGAAGCCACACCGAAUUUACUUCUGAGAGUUUUUGAUGCGUCGUCAUUGCCUGUGUAUCCCAUUUUUGCUCGACACCGUGACCGUGCUGCGUUGAUUCCUGUUGGAAUACAUUCCUGCGGUUACCGUUAGAAGCUAACACGGUGUUGUGUUCUACUAUCAAUAACAGAAUGGUUACUGCGUGACACAAAAUGGGCAAUGCAGCACCGCGCAACACCAAGCCCCUCAGAAAAUCGUGUGGCUGCCACUCAAAUUUAAUGCAUCUGGACUUCUUAGCGACGCAGCUUCUCUUCACGUUUCUGCUCACAUUUGGGCAGCGCUCACUGGACUGGACUGAGUUCAAGUGCCAUACGUUUUAUAGCUAUUGCGUUGAGAUCAGCCUUGGAUAAAAAAAAAACAUGAAAGGAGAAAUCCGUGUGAUGUUCCUUCCUGUAGAAAAAGGAAAAAGCAACAAGCGACGAUUUUGUAAUGCCCACAUUAGAAGCCGCUGUCAGGAGGGCGCAAUUCAGUGUUUGGUUAGCCAAUAAAUGUUUAGACCACGGUACAAAGAAAGAAAAAAAAAAUUGUUACAGCCCAGGCACACAGAAAUGCGUGGAAAACUAGAAGUUGUCUCGAGUUGUACGUAAUGUGACCACCGAUUUCACUCCAAAUCUUCGGUCGCCCGGACAAAGUGAAGCUUCAGUUUUCUUUUUUUUUCACUGCUCCCACAGUCGCAUCACUUGUGCGCUCGCGAUACUACAAGAUUGCAGUACUAGAGGUCGCUCUUUUUUUCUAAAGAAAAACAAACAAACGAAGAUUUGAGACAAGUGGUCCAUUUGUUGCCGCAUACCACACACUCGUCUGCAACCAUUGUAGUAGCAAGCUCUGCUUGUUGGUAUAGUGGUCAUGUCUCCAAGGGCUGGUGGAAAAAAAAAAUGUGGAAAGUUAGUGCACUGUUCGUGUACAGCUCAAGACGUUCUUGUGCACUUUGUUGCUGUCAUUUUAUACGAGCCAAGUAGAUGGAUGUCCUUCAAGACGAACAGUCUUCCGUUACAGUGACGAUGAGCACUUGGAGUAUUUUAUAAGCUGCCCAUUAUUCCCUCUUCUUUUUUUGUGUGUGUCUUGUCUUUCUCUCUGUCCCUUCAGUUUCUUUUUUCUUCGGCACAUUAGAAGCACCAAACAAAGAAAAACUAUCGGGGCAUGCUACCUACAUUUUUAUGUUGACCCCAUAUGUUUUUUUUUUUUCCUCCAUUAUUGCGUGCUACUACAACUUGGCCCCUGCCCAACAGUUCUCCUCUUGAUGUAAAUAGUGCUGUAUAAAAAAAAAUACAUCAACUGGGUUGUAUAGACAAGGUCACAUGCACCUUUGCCAGUGAACGAGCGAAUAAAUGAUUUCGGAAGAAAG